GGCAAGCUGUACUUGACUUGGCUCGUUGUCGUCAGCUGCACCUUUGUGUACAACGCAUUCCUCAUGCCCUUUCAGGCAACAUUUCUCCGUAACUCUGGGGCCAAAUUGUACAAAUGGAUUGGUGUGCAGUAUAUCUGUGACGUCAUCUAUUUGAUAGACUUGCUGGUGGUCAAGCCGAGGAUCGAAAUAAUGCAAGCGGGAAUUGAAAUCAAAGAUGUCAAGGUCUCACGACAUCAUUACCUGAAAAGUGGAAUGUUUAAAGUCGAUCUUCUCUCCAUCCUGCCAUUCGAUGUCCUGUACGUUUUGCCAUAUUUCAGGUUCAAUCCUUUGCUGCGUAUUAACCGAAUGUUGAAGAUAACAAGUUUUGUGGAGACGUUUCGACGGUUCGACAACAUGUUUGAAAGCCCAUUUAUCGCCGUUUUAAGGAUGGGCAAAACGUUCUUCUAUGUUUUCUACAUCAUUCACUGCAACAGCUGCAUCUACUAUGCGAUAUCGUUGUGGUCAGGCAUCGGCAGCAAUGACUUCGUGUACAGUGGCGAAGGCAGAGCCUACCUGCGCUGUUUUUACUUCGCAACCAAAAUCGCCACCUCUGUCGGCAACAACCCGGACCCAACGAACGUCGUGGAGCACAUCUUCAUGCUUUGUUCGUGGCUGAUGGGAACGUUCGUGUUCGCCAUUCUUCUCGGACAGAUUCGAGACCUUGUGUCACUGUCUAACAAGGAUCGAGAAUAUUUUCAAAAGACAAUGGAUUCCGUAUUGAUUACCUGCAAGGACUUGAAUCUACCCCCGUAUCUUCAAGAAAAAGUCAGAUAUUGGUUCAUUCAUUCUUGGAAUGAAAACAAGAUGAUAAGUGAAAAUGAAGUUCUGGAAAAUUUGCCACUGAAACUGAAGACCGAUCUGGCGUUGGCGAUUCAUUAUGAAACUAUGAAGAAAGUAAAACUUUUCCAGGACUGUGAGCAAGGACUGCUGCGUUGUCUCGUACUGAAAUUCAAGCCUGUUCUGUAUCUACCUGGAGAUUACGUUUGUCGAAAGAACGAAGUUGGAAGAGAAAUGUACAUCGUGAAUAAGGGCAUUCUUCAAGUACUCGGAGGGAAGGAUGGUAAUACGAUUUUGACAACUCUGACGGAAGGUAGCGUUUUUGGAGAAGUGAGCUUGCUGGCUUUGUCAGGAGGCAACAGAAGAACCGCUGACGUUCGGUCGAAAGGCUUCUCAAACCUGUUCGUACUCAGCAAAGAAGAUUUCUUUGCCACCAUGAAAGAUUAUCCAGAAACCAGAAGACAACUGGAACAUAAGGCUCGCGAUGACGAUGGCGCAGUAGUCACUCAUAUUUAG